UUAUUGAAUUUACUUUAUUCCCUUUAAAUCUACUUUCUUUAAUAUACGCUCUUUGGUUGUCUCUUUUGGACAGGCAAAGUCACGCGCACGGCUCCCGGAAGCGUGACGCAAUUUCGGGGUCCUGAAUAUUAAAAAUUUUUCGCGCCAACGUUGAAACAGCGGCAGGCGGCGUUUGGACAAACACAGGGGCAUUUAAUAGACUCUAUUUAAAUAUAAAACACACAAAAAAGGUUGAAAUCGAGAUGUCAGAGGAGGAGAAUCUGGAUCUGUUGCUGUCUUUAUUUGCGGAGAGUGAGGGCCAGGGGCCGCAGACGGCAACUCCUGAAGAGGAUAUUGAAAAUUUGGAUGACCUCUUUGAUGGGGAGGAUGAAGAUGAGGGUCAUUAUGAGGAUCCAGAGGAGGAAGAAGAAGAAGUGGCACCUGUAAAGUCCAGUUCACCUGGAGGGAGCAAUGACUUGAAUAAGUCACAGGAAGAUCUUGAGGCUAAACUGAAGAUGAUGCAGCAGAAGAUGCAGAAACUUCAGCAGCAGCUGAAGGCCUCACAGAGAUCUGCACAGCCUGAAAACAAACCCAAAACAAUAACACCACCCCACAAAGACCGACCAACAUGUCUUUCUAAAAUCACCCCAAAAACACCCUCCCCACCAUCAUCAUCAUCAUCAUCAUCAUCAGAUGCCACAGCCAAACUGAAAAGUAAACCUAGGUCGGCGCACCUGCCCAAAGCAGCAUGUCCAGAAAAACAAAGUCCUAUUGAUCAGAGCAUGAGUAGCUCUCAGCCAAUGAGAGAAAACACAAAGGUAAAUGCUACCCUGAAAUCUCCUCCUCCUCUCAAGCGUUCUCCUACUGUCCGUCAGGCCACACCCCGUCCAUCUGUCAGUCAAGAUGUUGCCGUGGAGAAGUUCUCGGGUCUAAGACUCCGGAAACCGCGUCUGUCUUCCAUAGACCUCGAGCAAAAAAUGGCCAACCGCAAAUUGAUCAAACUCUCACAGCUGCCUGACCGACUCGCUAGGGAGAAUUUAGAGGACAGUGACUGGGUCACUUUCGCAGUAGUGAUUAAUAAAAUCACCCCCCAGAGCAAAAACAACGGGAAAACAUUCAGCAUCUGGAAGCUAAAUGACCUUCAUAACCUGGAAGUGAAUGUGUCGCUCUUCCUGUUUGGGAGCGUUCACACAGAUCUUUGGAAGACUGACACUGGAACAGUGAUCGGCAUCCUUAAUCCUAAUCCAAUGAAGAACAAAGAUGGUUCUAAUGAGCUCUGUUUGACAGUAGAUCACCCACAGAAGGUCCUUAUGAUGGGGGAAGCAAUGGAUUUUGGCACCUGCAAGGCAAAAAAAAAGAAUGGAGAUUCUUGUACCCAGCUUGUCAACUUGUAUGAAUGCCAGUACUGCCAGUACCACGUCAAAGCCCAGUACAAGAAAAUGAGCGCAAAGCGGUCCGAGCUUCAGUCCAGCUUCACAGGCCCCGCCCCUGGCAAAGGAAGAGGGCGGGGCAGUUUAAGAGAGCGUCUGUGCCAGUCUGACUUUCACUAUGGAGGCAUGUCUUCACUCGCCUGUGCACCCUCAACCUCUGCCCCACAGCCAAAGAAACAACCCACUAUUCAGUCUGUUUUGGCAUCUAUCCCAACAAAGAAACUUGCUCUGAAUUCAGGAGAGGUUUCUGGCUGUUCGGAUGACUUCAAGGGCCUGAUUUCUAUGCCGACACCAGGAGCACUUAAUAUUAAGAAACAUUUAGGACAAGCAAAGAGUACAGCUGCGACAGGGUCUUCAAUUCUGUCCAUCUCUGCAUCUGACCUUCUGAAACAGCAGAAAGCACAACAUCAGGAGAGACUACAGGCUCGUACGAAGAGGGCAGAAGAGAUACAGAAGAGAGUGCUCCAAAACAGUAGGGGGCCUGUUGUACCCUCACAGACUGCUGUAAGCAGGGGUCCCCUUCUAUCCCCUAAAGCAGCUUCUGAGGUUCCUAAAAGAUCCACUGACCCAGUGUGCCAACUCUCAGCACCUCCUGUGCCCACGCUGGGGCGUGGCUUCUCAGAGGGUGAAGACAUCCUCCUCGAUCUGUCUCCGCCACCUUCAAAAAGCCUAUCUGCUGCAAAGAUGGCAGCAUUGAGGAAGCUUCAAGCUAAAGGUUCGGUCAUCGUUAAAGAUGACCCGAAUGCUGUUAAGCGCAAACGUGCCAACAGCGACCACAUUGCAGAGAGAGUGGCACGAAAUGCGUCAUCACCUAAAGAUGAAAAUGUACCUGGUGAGGAGGAGGAGCCAGCUCAGAAAAAGAGACGGGAACAGUUGGAAUACAUCCAAUCAGAAGAAUUCCAGCGCAUUCUCAACGGCAAGUCCUCAAACUCGUGGAUGAUGGGAGAGAUUGAAGAGAAGGCCAUGCAAGAGUAUUUUGAGCCUCUGGUGCAAAAGGAGAAGAUGGAGGAGAAGAUGAAGAGUAUCAGAGAGAUGAAGUGCAGAGCUGUCACAUGCAAAAACUGUAAAUACACCCACUUUAAACCAGCGGACCGUUGCGUAGAGGAGAAACACGACUACCACUGGCACGACGCCGUCAAGCGUUUCUUUAAAUGCCCAUGUGGGCAGAGAAAGAUCUGCCUGGCACGAAUGCCUCACGGAGCCUGCAGCCACUGCGGUCUCUUUAAGUGGGAGAGGGACAGUAUGUUAAAGGAGAGAAAAGGACCCAAAAUCGGAGGGGAGUUACUGUUGACACGUGGAGAGGAACAGCCCAAAUUCCUCAACAGUCUAAAGUAGAGGCGGUUUCACUUCCUGCCGCCUAAUCCACACAUCUGAGAAGACACUUAUGCAGAUGUAUCCAUCAGUGUUGGAUUAAAACAAAACCAAGAGCCCCAUAAUGUUUCUUUUACUGAACUGAUGUGUCUCCUGUCUGUGUGUUUUAAUUCUUUUUAUAUGUAAAUUAUGUAUUUUUUCAGUUUUAAUUAUUGUAUAUUAACUAUGCCAAUAUCAACGGGCACUCCUGUAUUAAACAAUAUUAAAUGAAAGUCCAUGUUUUAUUGUAUGCUUUAUGCUAUUAUUUUAAAAAUCAGUUGGGUGUUGCGCUUGCUCAGUACUGUUUGUCUUACUGUAUGAAGGAGUAUUUUUAAAGCUUGUGUCUGUAAAGAUAAUGUGUGGCAUAAACUCAUCCUCCUGUCAGUCAGAUGAUCAUAAGAUUGUUGUAAAGGCACCAGGGGCUCUGAA